UUCACACCAGUGACACUUUCAACUGACACUUCAAGUAUCAAGGUGUGAAAUGGUUCAGACUGUAAUUAGCAAUGCGAUAAAAGCCAGACCUAGCACUGAGUUAUUUGUUUGUGGUAAGUUUAAAGAAGUUUAUAUUUUUUCAAUGUUCCACUGGAAAUGAAAUAUCGUAAUUUAUUUUACAGUAUACCUGAAAUACAAAAUAAUACCCUGAAUCGGUGCCACAUGUUACUGGUAGCGAGGGCACAGUUUGCAACACUUCAGUGAAGUUUUUGUUUUGGAGAAAUUUUGAAAACCGCUCUAAAGUUAAAUAGCAUUAUGAGUAUCUAAGAGCUCUGAAGAAAGGAAUAUCGGAGGAAUUGGUUACCGAGUGACUGAACACGGUCCAUGGAUGAAUAUUCAUGUUCCUUCCAGUUUUACUUUGCUUUUGCUAUCUGCACUUGGACUAUUUUUAGUCGUCUGUUAUCAUGUUCGAGUUAUCUCCUUCGCAAGUAAUUUAUAUACGUUAAAUAACGAUGGAUUUGACCACGGGUCGUUGAAUCAAAAAGGAAAAGGUAUCGUCUAUCUCGUACAAGCGGAGUGUUGCCUGUCUGAACAUUUCUCGUCGUUUAUAAAACUUGACAGCCGCGCCGCACGAGAUGUUUUGGUAUUAAGCUGGGGGAGACAGUGUUUGGACUCCUCGAGAAAUUUAAGCAGUGUGGUCUAUGUUGACGGCAAGAACACUUCAUGGAGUGCCGGACGAAAUAUUCUUUAUCAAUUGGCUCUGAAAAGGAACAAGAAUUACCUGUACUUCGUGUUUAUGGAUGACGAUGUCGAAUUUUCCUUUACGUCAAACAUGACACAAGACAUCGGUUACAGCAAAGGAACUAGAGAUCCACUUCAAGCUUUUGAAAACUUUCUUUUAGGUUACGAGCCUGCAAUAGGUCUGUGUAAUUACUGUAGUCGCUGUGGAAAGCUCGUGCCAAACGGCUCUUACGUUCCCGGGCUUUGUUGCUCGCCGCGCACCGCCGCAGGUAAUCUCCCGCCAAUUUUACCGGCGACAAUCGCGUUUGACGCCGCUGUCAAUGCCUUCCACACCAAAGCGAUUCAGCAUCUCUUACCUUAUAGACUCGACUACGAGGUGAUAAGCUGGUGGGAAAGUCAAAAAUAUGUUAUUUUAGCGUCAGAUAUUAUAUUUCGUGGUCAAGUCGUUCGAUACACAUCAGUGACGGCCAUAAACAACGAACACAGAGAUUAUCCUCAGCUACCUCUGGACAACUGGGCAGAUAUACUGCGAGAUGUAAGAAAAGAAGUACCAGAGAAAUAUAAAAACCUCAACGUCUUCAAAAGAAAGCCUGAAGUUGACAUGGUUCCGAAAAUCAUUGGAAAAAUCCUAUACACACCGCAAUGGAAUAUUUCCAUUCCCGAGCCGAAAACUCCCAUUGUACCAUACAGCCAUCUUGAUAACUUUUGACAGCAAAAGAGUGAAAAAAAAAAAUGCAUUUCUACAGAUGCAAUUGAAUUGACGGACAAGAAACUGCCUAAACGCUGUCCUGGGAAACCUCGGCCAGAGAUUGAUAAAACGAUAUUUUCAUAGAUUUAUAUUUACAUAUUUAUAGAUGACUGAUAUUUUCGUAAACUUCCAAUUUUAAGUAACAAGCUGUCAUUAAUUUUUUCUAAAAAAUUCCAGCAAUAGAAUCGGAAGAUUUGAUUUAC